AGAGUCGUCAUACCACACGUAUUGGUCCGAUGACACGCAGGUAUGAAAAUAGGAAAGUAAAAACUGAUGAGGAGGUAACAAAUAUUCUUUCUUCUUCGAGAUGGCAGUCUAGAGAGACUUACUGCAUGCAAGCAAGCGGCGGUUAGCUAUUGAGUCCGCUCCAUCAAGAGUUUUUUUAACGCUUCGAUUUCUUCUCUAGCCUUGGCAAGCUCGGCUUUGACGUCAUCGUCGGAGGAUUUAUCUGUCCAGGUAGGAAGCGUGCUGUCUUCGCUGUCGGAGCAAGCGGGACUGCUGUUCUCGUCUGCUUGGAUGGAGGUCACCGCACUGAUGGAAGAACCCAUGUUUUCGUGAUACAAGUCGCUGUCGUCCUCGGCAUACGUUGGGCAACAGCAGACAAAGUUAGGCGAUGGCACACGGUACUCGUUGCCAGAAUACUUCAGCUCCCCGUUGCUAAGGUUGAAGUUGAAGACCGCAAUCGAGUCGGUAUCUUGGUUUGCAACCAGUAAGUAUUGGCCGGAAUUGUCGAACUGGAAGUGCCGCGGAGUUUCACCCCGGGUGUGAAAACAUCCGACGGUUUGGAGCUCACCCCGUUUGGACCCUUUCCUCUUGACGCGAAACACGGUGAUUGACUGGUGUCCCCGAUUCGAUACAAUCACGAAUCUACCGGAUUUGUGCACGCACAUGCGACCGCAGGUGUUCAUUGUUGUGGGAAACGCUUGCGGGAUGGUUUUAAUCGAUUGGACCAACCUAAGGGUCGAUUGGCCUCGAAACCGAUUCAUGUCCUCCCCAUUUUUGGAUGCUGCGUAGAUUUCGUUCAAAAGCUGACGGUUGAUUUCAAACACCGCAACCUUAAUACAAAAAAGAAAGAAAGAGCAAACAAGAAUGCAUAAGUGGAUGUCGAGACAGAAUGAAACAAAACUCGAAAGCCACACUGUUUCUACAGUGACUUACGGUGGAGCUCAAUUCAUUGACAACAUAUCCAAUGUUGUACUCCGGAUGAAAAUCAAAGUAGCGCGGUCCGUCCGGUUUGCCGGUACAAAGCCCGGACGGCAUCACGUUGAGCUCGAUGGCAAUUUUGCCAUCCGCGGCGUCGUAAUAGAAUUCCCGGAUGAGAUCCUUUCCCAAAUCGGGAACGUACGCCACCCGACCCACGAACGGGUCCAGGACCAGUGCGUGCGAGUGAGGAUCGGCCUGGCGGGCCGAGAUAGUGGAUGCGUCGUUACAGGAGUGGUUCACGCCGCCAUCCUUUUUGGCGCAGGCUACCAUGCUCUUUCCCAUGUUUGGAUCGUAAACGUUCUUGACACCACCGACCAGAGCUCCGGUUUCGGGGUCCAUCGGGAUCGUCACCAGGGUCGAGUUCCAAUAAUUCACUGCCAGUAGAUUGCGGUGGGCUUUGUCGAUAGUCAAGUAGCAGGUGGAGGUCCCCCCGGCAUCCACGGCUUCUCCGAAUUGUUCCAAUGAGCCAUCCUGCUUCAGUUUGUAAGCAAUAAUUUGACCGUUCUCGUGACAGUCUUCGGUACAAGUGUAGACCACAUUCAAACGGGGGUGGUGCCGAGAAAAGGCCGGGUUUUUAAUGACGUUCGCGUCUCCCUGGAUGUUUAAGAGGACAAGCGAACCGUCGGAUGGGGAAAAGCGAUAUACGUGCACAGAGUGCUUGGCUUCGCUACCACGAGGGCCAUGGGCUGUAACGAAGAGGAUGGAAAACAAACAAGAAAUUUGAGAAAUGCACGGCUCUUUUCUAUCGAUUUGGUGUCACAUUAGCUAUUUGGAUGAUAGUCUUACCUAGUUUCUCAAAGUCGGAAUAGGAAGUGACAAAAAAUAGUUGAUGAUCGUCCUCCUCGCUCUCUACUUGUUGGAAUGUUGUUUCGGUGGACAAUUCAGUAUUGGCUCUUCGGUAGAUUUUCAUAGUAUCUUGAUGUUUUCUUGUUGCUAUAUGAGUGUUUGUGUCUAUGACGAUGGAUGCUGGCCUUUAUUGUUUUGUCUUCUGGUUAAUAUUGAUUCGUUUUUCUCUUCGCUGUAUUCUUUGAUGAUUUUCUAUCGUUUAUUCUAUUUUAUGAGGAGAGAAACACUCUUGACGACUCCUGCACUUUGUUUGAUGGUGAGUGUGUUGUCAAAUACUUGUGAUGAUGUCAAUACUGCUGUCAGUGACGAUGAACCUUUCUCGUCUGUGAUUUUAUUUGUGUCAGAGCUGCUCGUGAUGUUGAUGUUCGCCUGCGGCGAAAGGAGCCGAAACGGAUAGGAAUCGUAAGUUUCCGUGAAGUUUUCGAAAGUACCAAAAACCUUCAAUCAAUCUUCCGCCAUGUAGAAAGGGUGUCAAGGAAGGAAGGAAGUUCUCUCGAACUGGGUUUGAAGAAUUUUGAAGAGACGUUAACAGAUGCAGAAAUUGAAGUAUUGGUCGCUGAUUGGUCAAACGGGAAAACUCUAAACCAAUCAAAAUUGACAGAUUUCAUGACAACCUUUUGAUCGCGCUCGGAGGCGCAUAAAAUCUUCUCCGUUUUCGGCAUAUGUAAAACUAUAAUGGUCCGUCGACUCCGAACCGUGUCAGCUGUCAAUCAAUCCCAAAACAUUGUGGCACCUUGGCCUUUUGAAGGCACAUUACAGCAGCGAUCAACAAAAGAAACAUGAUACGACGCUGUAGUCGUACGAGUCGUAUGAAUACCAUCAUUUUCUUCAAUAUUUUUGAAAAAAUGGAUCACCGCUGUGUUUCCGGACUCGAAUCACAGUUUCAACAAGAUAGCUGUAGAACAUUCGUGAGAGAGGGGGCGUGGAACCAAAUCUACUGUGGCAGUAGCCAGUAGUAGCUAUGGAACAUACUCGCAUUGUUGUUGCAAACCGUCAUGUAAUGCAUAGUACAGGUCAAAACCUCCCAUGGCUUAUUCUUCUUGCACCUCUAUGAGUAUCCUCUGACUGCAUUCUCUUCUGCAGAGGUCGCAACAAGCUGCUGGUUGAUCAUGCAGAUUCUCUGUCUUUCAGACUUGCAUUGCGAUCAAAAAGUAUUUCCUUCUUGCGCUCUGAAUCACGGUAUGUUUUCGUGCAUAGGAUGUAGCUGAGUCGCUGUUUUGGCCAUUGCAAUGUUUCUGUGCAGUAAACAUUAGGUAAGAUG